GUUCCAUCUUCUUCCUCUCCCUCUCCCCCUCCCUCGAAUCUCUCGCGCAGCCGUCGCUCCUCUGCCUUCCCUCUCUCCCCGCUUGACCCGCCGCCCCUCGCGCGCCGCCAUCCGCGCAUUCUCCCCUGGAUGCGGCGAACACGAGGAACAAGGAUGGCGACUGGGCGCUGCGGGCACACAGAGCACGCCCCAGAGCUCCACAGCCUCUGGCUCGGCUUCUCGACCAGCGGCCGCCUCUGCGCGUGGGACAACUUGUGUGCCCUCAUUAUUACCACUGAAGCCUGCUCAAAGGCGAAGGCCGCUCAUCUCCAUCACUGGGAGGAGCGCCAGCCGCCGAGACAGCCAUCCACUUCGCCAUUGCCGACGUCCUCGCCCCGGCAGAUCGAGAGAGAUGCGGAAAAGAGGCGGGAGGAAGAGGAAAAGACGUGCCAGCUCCAUCCCCUCCACUGCGUUGUGCGCCUGGCUCUCACCUGCAACCAUUCUACCUCCACCCCCUGCCAAAUUCUCCAUCCCUUUCUUACAGAUUCCUGUAAGUUCUUAUUGUUCGGCUACCUGUACAUGGAUGUUUAUCCCAAAAAAUAGAGAAAGAAUCAAGUGUUCCAAAUGCUCAAUGUGUUUAGGAUCCAUCGCGAAACAGUACAGAUAUAAGCCAUCUAAAAACAGACUGGUCAUUUUGUUUUCAUUUGCUUUUGGUUUGGUACUGAUCAAUAAACUGCUUAAUAUGUUUUAGGAUCCAUUGCUUUUAGUUUGGUACUGAUCAGUAAUGAAAGCAAUGGAGCAAAGCAAUACUGAUCCAACUGGUGUGGGGAGUUGACGGCCAACUAACCAAAAGCAAUGAAACAAAAUGAAACAAGAGAGAUGGUUCAGAGGUGUGAUGUACUUCCUUAGUCUUUGUUUUCCUUUUGUAUCAUUGCUCUUGAUUUGUUUACUGUGAACUUUCUCUCUACAGUCACACGCCUAUAAUCAACCGGUCCAGGUAGACGAGAUAAGGUAAAUGUGAUUGCAUUAGCAAACUCCAUUUUCGUGUAACAACAAAAACAGAGGAAACUCCAUUUUAUUGUAAUUACAAACAAAGAACUUCUAGACGGCGAAGCUGCUACCCUGCUCCUCUCCCUGCAAACCUCCUGAUAAAUGAAAUAUGCUAUUUGAUUAUAUAUAGUCUGUCCUAAAGGUGCUGCCCUAUCUGUUUAGUGGAGGUAAAUAUGUUCAGGUUGCACAAGCAUACCUGUGAGGGAGGUGGUCUGCUUAAGUGUUUUUACAGAUGCAAGAUACUAAAUACUUCCCUAUCAGUGUUUUUCUUCUCUUUAGAAGAUUUGGAGGCCCUCAAAUAGUGGUUGAUGAUAGCUUGGUUUUGUUGUUCUCCAAUUAAGGAACCAUCCCCGCAUGCUUCUGUAAACUGGAUGGUUGCAUUCCGUUGGGAGGAGAGGGUUGCCACCAUCGUUAUCAUGGCGGGCGUGCGUGUGCGUGUGCGUGUGCGUGUGCGUGUGCGUGUGCGUGUGUGUGUGUGAGAGAGAGAGAGAGAGAGAGGAAGGAACCAUACAGUGAAUAAUAUGUCAGGGGCUUAGUACAAGCCCAUAGAGUUGUCUGUUUUCCUGUGAAGAGCCCCCUCUAUGCAAACACCCAUGACAGAUCCUUUUUUGUUCUUUUCUCAUGACCUUAGCUUGGACACAAAUUUGUAAAUUACUUCCUUGCAAGAAUGACCCGAGUUUGGUUUCUAA